CAGAGUUCAACCUGCUCGGAUAGAGGAGUGUCCGAGGCAUCUUUAAAGGCAUCGUUUCUCCCUGUACUGCUGCACUGGGUCAGGGCUCAUGAUCAGGAUAAUUUGUGUACAGUUGUCAGCGUUGAAACGCAGUUCCAGUGUAGGUAAGAAGAACUGUGUAGAACCAGGGGGGCUGAAGAAUGAUAACAACAUGCCGCAAGAGGUUCAGAUGCUCGGCUUUAUCCCAGUUGCUCUGUCGAUUGUGUUCACAUUGGUCUGUUUGAACGAGAAAGGACCCCGCAGACACAUAGCAUGGGCGGAGGAGCAGGCGGAGAAAGGUGAAGUUACCCUCAGACUACUGAUCAGAGGAUAGCGGCACCCCGCGGCUUUGAUGCAAAGAUCCAGACGUCCAUUACAAUCCGCAGUGUCAACAUACUCCUUGUGGUGCAGGUUACUCUGUAAGCAAGCCUGUUUGGAUCCGCUAUGCAAGUGAACACAACACGGGGCUUCUUGUGGUCGGACGUAGAGACGAGGACCUUGUUGAAUAUUUGGGGGGAGCAGGACAUCCAGACGGCGCUGGAUGGAAACUUCCGAAACAGCUUUGUGUACCGCGACGUUUCCCGGAGGCUGGGUGCCACGGGGUUUGAAAGGACGCCAGAGCAAUGCAGGGUGCGGAUCAAAAGCCUCAAGAGACAGUACUUGUUAGCAAAGGAAGGAAAUAUACGGAACAACGGGCAGUAUCAUAAGAUUUGUAAGUUUUAUGACACAAUGGAGAGGAUUUUGAGCAACCGGCCUGCUCUUGACCCACAGGAGUUCAUAGACAGUGGGGCGGGAGGAGAGGAGGCCGGGGAGGGCCUGGAGGAGGAUGGAGAAGAUGCUCUGGAUGCAUACUCAGAGAGUACAGGGGAGUGUCCUUAUCCUGCAGAGACUGAAGUGAAGUUGGAAUAUCCAACUAUUCCCAUCCCUAUUCCAGUUAAAGUGACAGUGGGCAAUAACAGCACUUCAGUAAGACCGCAUAACAGCUCCGCCAGCAACUUGUCAGCCAGAACACCUAAACGGCAGAGGAAGCGGCGUGCUAACUUCCCCAUGGAGAAACUAAUGGAGCAGUUCCUGGAGCAGAGCGCCCAGGCUGAGGACAGUUUCUACCGGAUCGAGGAGCAGCGCUUGCAGGCAGAAGACCACCGCAGGGAAGCCGAACACACCAAAGAGCUGCACAUGCUUCAGAUGCUCGGUCAGAUGUUCUCCAGCAUCUCCUCUGCCAGACCCAGUUCCUCUGCCACUCCCUCCAAAACAGCUCCCUCUGCCCGCGCCCCUGUUUUUUCCAGUGUCUCCCCGUCAUGUUCACGAGGCCAGGCCACUCAUCUCAGACGACCUUCACCCAAGAAAGACUGUUUCACCCAACAAAGUCAACUGUUGAACCCAGAUCCUCAGGCAUUAGUGUUUGAACGCUACUACAGUUUGGGGUCUACAUCACACAGAGGAAUGGAUGAGGACAUCCUCUCACUGGUAAAGAGCAUAGUCCCUCCACUGACAUCCAAAAAGCACAAGGGACAAGACGGACGUAUUGGGAUCAUUGGAGGAUGCCAAGACUAUACUGGAGCUCCAUACUUUGCCGCCAUCUCAGCAUUGAAAGCGGGGGCUGACUUGUCUCAUGUCUUCUGCACCAAAGAUGCUGCAACUGUAAUCAAAUCAUACAGCCCUGAGCUCAUAGUUCAUCCUGUUCUGGACAGUCCUAAUGCAGUGGAAGAGAUAGAAAAAUGGCUCCCAAGACUUCACGGCCUUGUGGUGGGACCAGGUCUAGGCAGAGAGGACGUAUUACUGAAAACAGCCAAGGUGGUGAUCGAGAAGUCUAAAGCAAGAGAUAUCCCUAUAGUCAUUGAUGCAGACGGAUUAUGGCUAGUUGCACAGCAACCAUCUGUUAUACAAGGGUACAAGAAGGGCAUCCUCACACCUAACUUCAUGGAGUUCACGCGACUGUAUGAGGCACUGCAUCAUGAGCCCAUGGACAUCAGUGAUCUUCAACGCAGCAUCAUGCAGCUCAGUGUUGCCAUGGGCAACCUCACUGUGGUGCUAAAAGGCGAACAGGAUCUCAUUACAGACGGCAGUAAAGUGAUCUCGUGCAGUAUUGAGGGCAGUGGGAGAAGAUGUGGAGGACAGGGGGAUCUUCUAUCUGGAUCUGUGGGAGUUUUCGCACACUGGGCUCACACUGCCUCUGCAGCUGGAAUGGGCAGAAGUGUGAAUCCAUCAAUGAUUGCAGCAUUUGGGGCCUGUUCUCUUACAAGACAGUGCAACAGUCAAGCAUUCCAGCGACAUGGCAGGUCCACCACCACAACGGACAUGAUCCAGGAGAUUGGCCCAGCCUUCAAAAAGCUAUUUGAAAGCUGAAAGUGGCACAUUGUUGUUUUAAAAGCUAUACAAACAUACUCAAUUUUGCAUUCUUAAAAAAACGUAAAUACAGCCUGUGGGUGGGCUAGUGGAAAAUGUUGUCAUCAAGCUAAAUUUGAAUGAUCAAUUUUGAAAGAUAUGGUGCAAAAAAAAUACUGACUUGUUAAAGGUGUUUUAAAAUGAACCUUAUAAGAAAAUGAAAAGAAAAGAAAAAAUCUCUUCCAUCUCUUGUUUUAUUAUAAAUGCAUUCACCAAACAUACUGAGGUAGCUACAUUUUUCACAACCCACCAAAGACACUGAGAUGGUAAGAAACGCUUGCACUGUAUAUAAAUGUUUUGAAUGUUGAAAUAAAUAAGAUUGUGUGGGA